UAGAGUUUAGAUGGGAUGUAGAUGAGAGAGGGGACAGGUGUUUGGUGCACCUUGCUAACACCCAAAGGGGGUGUUGAGUGUAUGAGGCAGAUGAUAUUAUGAGUACUGUAGAUCAGCGUAACUGCUUAUUCUGUCUCAUAGAACAGCUCUAGCAUCCAGGAACUGUCAGCUAUUUACAAAAUGUUUUCUGUGUUUGCUUGCUAAUCUUUAACAAUUUAUCUGUGUCUGUCGUUUUUCUUCUUUUUUUAAAAAACUUUUCUGUUUUCAUGUCUUUAUUCCUCUGUUUCUCACGUGUGAAAAAAGGUUGACUUCACAGCUUGUCUCACCUGCCUGCCUGCCUCCUGCAUGCCCAGACAACAUUCCAUACAGACUGUAUAAAUGUGUGUGUAUGUGACAUAACGGGAUGUUUUGUGCUUACAGGAGGGUGUAAAAGACAAAGAAGACAUGAAGGAAUACAACACAGCCUUGGAAGGUGACCAGUCUCCUGUCGAGAGGGAUCAGAUGGGCGAAGAGAGCUGUGCUGGUGGCUUGACUGUGCCUGCGUCAGUGUCUGUGGCUGGCAGAGGGACUAAAGGGCUGAGGGUACUAGGCGAAGAGGUUGGGUCAGGGAAAAUAUUUCUGCCAGAGCCCGGUGCCUGGCCCUCACAGGGGUUCCCCUGCUCCCUGUGCAAACGGCUGUUCAGCAACCUGGAGCAUCUCAGGGAACACGAGUACCACCACACCCUGUCUUUGAUGGCCUUGUCCCUGGACUGGCCGAGCAUGCAGGGUCCGCAUCGCCAACCUACCCAGCCCCAUCACCAGCCACAAUCCCAGCCUCUCCACUUCCACCAGUCUCUCUACCACCCUGCAGUGGCCGAGCCAACGCCGGCACGUUACCUCUGCUCCCAUUGCCCCGCCAGCUUCACCCUCAAAUCCAAUGCAGACCGACACGAGAAGACCAUCCACUUCAAGAAGAAGUUAAUGCAGUGUGUUUACUGUCUGAAACACUUCAGAGACCGCACAGACCUGCACAGGCACCUGUCUUCUGUUCACUCCAAAGAGAGAGGGCACACCUGUCCUGCCUGUGCCAAGGCUUUUAGCACCCAGAAAAACCUGGCGACACAUGUUAAAGUGUGCUGCCAGGUGGGGUCAGUGCCAGGAGCGAUACUGGGAGGCAGCACUGGGAUGGAAAUGUCUCAGACUGGGGUUAUAGAUUCACUGUGGCGGCUUUCUCAAGAGAUGAAAGUUGACAAUCAUAAUAUCAGUAUUAAUGUGGAAAACUGAGACUGGAGGAUCUAGAGGCUGCAGGCUUAUGUACACACAUUCAUACCCAUCAAUUAGCAGCGUAUCUUCACAUUUGCUGUACGUUCAUGCCAAAAAUGCUCUGGGGUGUCAUUGCACUUAGAAGGAAGAGUUCCUGGUUCCUAAAAUCAAACGUCUGUCGACAUGAUUAUAAAUACCUAGGGAUACUUUAUUCCUUUUUUUUUUUUAACAACUUGUUCAAUUUUAUGUGAUUAAAUAUUUUUUUAAAAGGCGAUUUAACUUGAAUUGACAGCUUACAUGUCAACAAUGCACAAUUGCUAUGCAAAGCUGAUCUGCUUAAACAACUGACUGACACUAUAUCUAGAACAAAUGAUCUAUUAAUUAUCUUUAGGUUGUAAAUAGUUUGAGUGUGUACUUAUUGGACCCAUGAACAGGUGAAUUGCUUUCCGUUGCGGUGCCGGGUGGAGAGACAAGGGGGGCGUCUUUCCGCCUCUCAGACCUCAACUACUUGUCUGGCUUUCUGUCGCCAGUCACCAGUCUGACUAAACUCUUCUCUCCUUUUUAGGCAGAGAGAUCUUUAUCUUUGUGUCCACCCCUGCAUUACGGGCACAAAGACACUCAGACACAGUUCAUAUCUGCCAGGCUUCCGUGUGGCUCACAGCACACGCAACCACACCACCUGCAGGAACUUUGUAAAAUUGCAGCAUGAGAGCAGAAUUAAGACCCAAAUCAGAUUAUUUCUGUUGCCAGUGGUAGUGCACUUCACCAAAUAUUAAAAAGUUCCAGACAACUUUAUAUACAAAAAACAUUGUGAUUGCUUUUCUUUACACUCUAACUCAAAGAAAAACAAAGUAAUUCUAUAACAGGUCAACCUCCACUGGACACGUGAAAGCUUGUCCUCAGUCAUACAUGAUUACAUUCAGUCAUUGCUGUCAGAUCAAUGCAGUUGGAGGGGAUGUGCCGAACGAGACAAAGCCAGCUAAAACAAUAGGCCAGUCGCAGCCCAGGUGGGGGUUGGGUGGUGUCAUUUUCUCUCUAUGUGUCCAUCUCCUCUGUCCCAGAUCUGUAAGUCUUCUAGUGGCUGAGUGUGGCUGGAGCUGGACAGUAAUUGCUCCUUCACGGCACCGGCCCUUCUUAACCCUUGACCCUUCAUCUGAAGAGGAAGUUGGGACCGAGGGGCAGAUGCCCUUUUUAGUUUAGUGAUGUCAGUGCUACAGACAGAUAAUGGUGUGGUUGUGCAUACAAGCUGUAAAAUGGGGGAUCAAGGGAGACAAGUGGGAAAAAUGCAGGGGAGGAAUAAGGGAGAUGGUGACAGAGUUAGGUGGAGGGUGCUGUAGAGCCGGAGCGGAGCCGCAGUAUAUUGGAAUCAGCAUGAACACUGGCUACAAAAUUAUUGCUGAUUUAAAUUCACACCAAUUUCUGCCAAACCCUGCAACUAUAAACCAAGAUAUUUUCUUGAUGCAGGCCCAGUUGAUGAUUAUUGUGUGCAUCCAAACUGUGAAUUCCAUACCCAAAGGGAAGACAUCCACCUGUGUUUCCCUCUAAUGUCCCAACACAUAGAACAGUCAUUUCUAUGUGCUAAGCAAAAGCAGAACUUGUGUCUAUUGGGAAUAUAUCCCCUUGCUGUUGUAUAUACACACAGGGUAUUCCCGAAUGCCAAAUCCUUUCUAAUACAAAAUCCCAUUUCUCAGGUAGCACACUCUGUCCUAGCCAGCAGCUGAAACCGACUGGCAGGCUCAGAGAAGUCAGGAACUAAUCAGGAACUCUGCAGAGCCAACCACUGAGGAAUAAUGGCAAAUGCUGUACGGCUGUUGUGUGGCGUUUUUUUGAGUUUGAAUAUAUGUUGCUGUAAAUAUUGAAAUAAUUCUAGAUUAUGAAUUUUUUCUCACUAAACAAAAACCUAUGUACUGUACACAUAUGUACUUUUCUAAACAGAAUAACAUUCUGCUUGUAGUUUUUAUGCUGCAAUUAAACUGUGAUGGAAAAUGUGAAAACUUCUUUGUAGUUUUUAAUCUUUUAUCUAUGUGUCAUGCGCAUA